AUGUAUACCUGGUGCCGAGCUCGAAACUACUUCCGGCUAUGGGCGUACCUGUAUGUCAAUUGGUAUAAGCCAGGCCAAUGGGAGCUGUGGGCUCGGUCAGCAAAUGCCAGAGAAAUACCAGUUCUCAAGACAACAAUGAUCGUCGAGUCUCACUGGCGAAAGAUCAAGCAUGAUUACCUCCACCGUUUCAAUCGUCCUCGUAUCGACCUGGUAAUCUGGGUGCUGACGUUUCGAGUUAUUCCAAAUGCGCUUGAUCGAAUGGAUGCAAUCCGCAAUCGUGAUCAUCGAAAAGCUUCUGCAAGCUGGAGAAAGGCGUUCAAAAAGCAAUGGAAACAACUCAGGGAUCGAGAAAUCGAUCCUAAGAGCAUUCAAAAGUAUCACACAAACCCAGCAAUGUGGACAUGCGCUUGCGAUGCAUUCCUAUCAAGCCGGUUCCUAAUAUGCAAGCAUAUCAUAUACUGCUAUGAUCCUAUCACAGACCCUAUUGUGUUCUUCUCCAGGAUUCGUAGGCAGAGGGUUAGUCCAUUCUGGAUCGAUAAGCAGCUUGCCUUGCGUCCAGAAUACAGAAAAUUCCGGACCAUAACGGAUAUGAAUGCAGAUUCUGAUUCAGAGUCGGAUAUUGAUCCAGAAGCCUUGGAAGAAGAUGAAUUAGCGGUGAUGGAUGAUGAAACACCAGCAGCGAUUGAUGUGGAGAGAUUUGUUUCUGUGAUGCAGUCAGCGAUGGACAUAUUCCACGAGCAAAGAGCUAUGGGAAACAUGAAAUUCGUUGAGAUCUUCAUUGCUGCUAAUGCGAGGAAUCAAACCCUGGUGGAGGAGAUUUGGAGGCGCAAAAACCAGCGUACAAUGCCUAUGACAUGGGCCCAGAAUAAGCACCCUGCAACAAUGUACUAUCGAUAG